UGACCUUCCCGGCAGCCCUUGCUGGCUCUGCCCCAACCAAACAAAGGCGACGGGAGGUUUUCAAACAGCCGCUUCCCUGAAAGUUGGCUGCGGUGGAGCUGGGCUGCGCUGGCACCUGACUGGUCCCGGCCACCGGAGAACGCGGCAGCGAGUUGGUGCCGUCGCCUGAGAGGACCCCGGCAGCCGUCGGGAGUCCCUGUACGUGGGUGCUCUGCCCAUUUGCUUCUGUACAGGACGGUGUCAUCUCCAGGCCCAAGGGCAGGCUCUGCAGCACCAGCAGUUGCACACGGAGUUUCUACAGUUCUGCUUGCUGUGAACUCUGGGCCACCAGGGAAGCGCAGUGGAGUGCUGCCAGCCUGGUGCGAUGAACCGUCACUUGCCAGGACUCUCUCCAGGCUUCCUGAGACACCGAGUUGCUGCUUGAGGCCCUGACUGCUUCUGAUUCCUCACUGUGCUGCUGGCAGGGUGGGAUUGAUGUCCAGUUUGGGACACUGGGCAGAGCCAAGCCCAUCACCAUCCUCUGUGCCCUUGGCAGACUGGGGGACCAAGCUGGAUCCCUCUCUCUAAAGGGGCUCCAGGUGAGCAAGGGACAGGCUUGGGGCUGUCCAUAUUCACUCUGGUGGGAAGAGCCACUUCCGUCACCCUUUCCACGUGGGAACCGUGUCACUGCUGGAGAUGGCACCACGGGACACAGAGCAAGGGCCAGCAGCCUGACAGCAAGGGGCUAGCUGAGCCUGAGCACGUCACGGGGCGCAGAGCUGCGGGGGUGCCAGCGUCCCCACGGGGAUGUAGAGCCGGGCGCAGGAUGGGCCGGCUGGAUGAGCGUGCCAAGAGGAGGAUCGUGGAGCUGCGCAGGGCUGGCCUGAGCUUCCGCAAGAUCAAGAAGGUGCUGGAGCUGGAUGACAUCCGGGUGACGCCGCAAGCCGUGUACCUCUUCCUCAAGAGGAAGAGUGUGGAGCCGGGCUCAGCGGCAGCUGGCUGGGAUGGGGACCAGCCCUGGCCCCCGCUGCAGGGGCAUGAGGCUGAGCCCCCCAGGCUGCUGGGCACCCGGCAUCCUGCACUGCCCACCGGGGAUCCUGUGGGCAGCCAGGACCACAAGGAAGGCAUCCAGAUUGUCAGUGUGGCCUCACUCUGCAAGGACGGUGGGCAGCUCGGGGACACUUUGGCUGUGGGGCUGGCCUCUGGGAAUGGUGAUGACAGCUCCACAGGAACAGCCCUGGCUCCAGGGACUGCUCUGAGGGGGCUUGCCCCCCUGCCCCAGCCACUGCCCAUCCGAGGGCAGCUGGUCACACCCCCUACCCAGAACUCAGCUCUGAUAAUGAAAAAGAAGACAGUGGACAGGGCUGUCCUCCUGCAGAAAAAGGUCAGAGAUGCCAGCACUCAGACUGCCUUGCCAAACUCUGUGGGUCCAGGGAAUCACAGCCUGACUUGCAGCGGGCCAGUGCCCCCCAGUGCUCCCAGCUGCCCUGCCAUCACCGAGAAGCUGGAUGCUGUGCAGAUGGAGGUGCAGAAGCUGAGCCAGGCCCUGCACGUGGUGCUGGAGCGGCAGUGCCGCCUGGAGCGCCAGCAGGAGCACCAGCAGCGGCUGCAGCAGGAGGUGCUGAUGACACUGCAGCAGCUCAGCUCCACCGUGAGCCACGGCACUGUGCCAGCCACCCAGCCGUGUGGCCCCUUCAGCAGCAUGGCCGAGCCCUCGCCCAGCAUGCCAAACUUCAGCCAGUUCAAGAUGGAGCUGAUCUGAGCUCCCACAAGGCCUGUGUGUGCCAGCAGUACUGCGCUAAUGGAGCCAGCAGGAGGAACCAUCUCUCAGAGGCUGCCCAAGGGUUACAUGCAGCACCCAGCAGAUAAGGUCCCUGGUGCCUCGUGUUCCCAGCCCUGCUGACUGGAAGGGGCUGCCUGGCACAAGAGGCUGGACAGUGGAAGGCUGAGGCCUUGCUGCUCCUGUGCUGCUGAUCCUGGCUGGCACUGGAGCUGGCUGGGGCCCAUGGACCUCAGGAGAAGGCAGUUGCCUGCAAGGAGAAGAUGCAGCUAACCUGGACACAGCAGGGAGGUGGGACUCUCAAGGAUACAGGAGGCUUCCUUCUCAUGAGGGUCAAUGCCAUGAUGAUCAGUCUUGCCCUCCCCUCCACAGAAGCUUGUUCAGUUAAAGUCUGUCUACGCCACGGUUCAGAACCAGUGUGGGAUCAGAAUCUGUGUGUUCCCUACCCCUCACCCGGCCAGUGAGCAGGCUGGAUCUGUCUGGGUCACUGCCACAAGGCAUGGAACUGCACAGGGUGCAGAAACCCGUGAGGUGAGACCAGCAUUCCACACACGAUGUUGUUGGAGCCUGGUAUCAGCUGCUGCACCAUUAGGGGUAGAUCAGACUUGUAGGAAACAAUAUUUUACUGAGCAGAGUCCACCCUCCUCACCCCACAAACCAGCAGAUCUGGAGUCUGGUACUGCUGCUGCCCACUGUCUGGCAAGAUGUGGGCAGGACCAUACCAGUGAGAGUUGCACCUGGGCAGGCUGCUGGUGGUGCAGUGCUGCUCUAGCAGAGCAGGUGAUGAUGCUGAGAACCCCCCUGCCUAGACCAGAAGGGCACAGAGGAGGCUGAUGGGCCCUCACUGAGCAGUGGAGUCCAGAAGGACCAGAGACUGGCCUUGCCUGCCAGCACAGAGGUCUGAUGGGGGGGGCCUUGGCUCAGCACCCAGCUGUGAAUCCCAACAGGAGGCAGAGCACGUGUCCUUCCUCCACAUCAGCCAAGCAGGCUUCUGUCUAUGUGGGCACCACAGCUGGCACAGCCUGUGCCUAUGAGAAGUCCCCAGCCUGUUUCAGAGGUCUCUUAGAGUCCAAGGUCAGAAUUAAGAGGGGUGAAAACCAGGUGAGGUGUUUGUACAUAGACACACACACGGAGCUACACGUGCGUGCAGAGAUGUAGAUGCACGUGGCAGGUUUGGGCAGCAGCCCCAGCACCUGGGGAAGCUGCACACCUGCUCUGCUGUCCCAAGACACAUUGCUGGCCCCAGGGCUGUCAGAUCCAGCUGUGCCCAGGAGAACUAGAAGUCUGCUGCCAUCUGCCUGCGGUCAUUCAUUUGGAUGUUGGUGUAAUUUUGGGGAUGUCUGAAAAGCAACAGAUGAAGAAAAACACAUGAUCAGUUGCUCUGUUCUUUUGCACAAGGCAGCUAAUCUGCACCUCAGGUUUGAAAAGAAGAGGCUGGAUGACCAGCACUCAGCAGACACAGUUCCCUAAUGUCUCUGUUAAUGUUUCGGAGAAAAAGAGGAGCGGAACAACUGCUAUUCCCUGGCACGUGUACUUAAAACCACGCUGGUUUCUGGAAGAGCUUCCCGAAAUCUGACUUGGGCUAUUUCUUAAAUUAUUAAAAAAACCCCAACCAACCAAACAAAAAAUUAUAUAUAUAUAUAUAUAUAUAUAUAUACACUGGGUUUUCUAGUCCCCAAAUGUAUUCUAAGAACUUUCCUCAUUUCUAACUCUUGCACAUCAGCACAUCCAGUGCUAAAAAAACCCAGCAAAAAUUAAUAAAUCAUUGGGCUGGUUAAA